UUUUUACAUUUUAUUAAUCAUUUCAAAGAAUGCCACGAAAAGGAUUUGUUGACGAUGAUUCCAUGUCAACUUUCUCAGAGGAUUAUUAUUCAACACAGAAAUACAUGCAACCUGGAAAACGACGAUUAGCUUCACAUAGUAAAAAACGAGUAGCUUAUUUUCAUGACGAAGGCGUUGGAAACUAUCAUUAUGGAGAACGUCACCCAAUGAAGCCACAUCGACUGACACUUACUAAUCAUUUAGUACUAAAAUAUGGUCUUCAUGAAAAAAUGGAGAUAUUUCAACCUCGUAAAGCAACAGACAAUGAAAUUAGAAACUUUCAUUCUGCAGAUUAUGUAGAUUUCUUAAAGAGAGUAACACCAGAUAAUGCCGAUCAAUACGAAAAUCUCUUUCAACGAUUCAAUGUAGGAGACGAUUGUCCAAUCUUCGAUGGUAUUUACGAUUUUUGUCAACGAUAUGCGGGAGCAACAAUAGAGGCAUCAAGAAAGCUGAUAGCUGACGGCGCAGAUAUUUGCAUCAAUUGGUCUGGUGGACUUCACCACGCUAAAAAGAGUGAAGCAAGUGGAUUUUGCUAUGUAAAUGAUAUCGUACUUGGCACAUUAGAGCUAUUAAGAUAUUUUCCUCGCGUUUUAUACAUUGAUAUUGAUAUUCAUCAUGGAGAUGGAGUACAAGAAGCAUUCUAUUCAACUGAUCGCGUUAUGACAGUCAGCUUUCAUAAAUACAACGGAGAUUUCUUUCCUGGAACAGGUCAUAUAGACGAGAUAGGUUCAUCACUCGGGAAAUAUUACUCAGUGAAUGUGCCCCUUCGAGAUGGAAUUGAUGAUGAUGCUUAUGUUUGGUUAUUUAAAGAAGUUAUUGAUGCAGUCAUUGGAACAUAUCAGCCUUCAGCCAUCGUUCUUCAAUGUGGAGCAGAUUCAUUAGGAUGUGAUCGACUUGGUUGCUUUAAUUUAAGCAUACGUGCGCAUGGUCGAUGCGUGCAACUUGUGAAAAACUUUAAUAUCCCAUUAUUGGUUGUAGGCGGAGGAGGCUAUACCGUUCGAAAUGUUGCAAGAUGCUGGACAUACGAAACAUCAGUCCUUGUUGAUACAGAACUAAGUGAAAAUUUGCCACCAAAUGAAUAUCGAGAUUUUUUUAAACCAGAUUACAAAUUACACCCUGAUUUGAAAGGAAGAGUAGAAAAUCAAAAUGAUCGAACUUAUUUGCUAAAAGUGCGCGAGCGUGUUAUGGAACAAUUAAGAUAUUUAGAUGCCGCACCAAGUAUUCAGAUGCAAGAAAUCCCACCAGACAUACAAGGCUUUUUAGAUGGUGAAGAAGAGCAAAGAGAUGCUGAAGAAGACUCAGAGAAAGGAAAAGAUACAAGACUAUAUAGAGGAAGAAGAAUCAUACAUGAUAAUGAAUGGUAUAGUGAUGAUGAUGAUAAUGAUAGUGUCGGGAGAUGGAGCGAUACUAUGGAAGAUGACGACGAUUGAAAAGAGACAAACAACAGACAAUACAGUACAGAUAUCGAUGAUGCUACAAUUGAAAGGCUCACAUUCUAAAAUUGUGUAUCAUCCCUCUCUCCCCUCCCCCCUCUUUCCUCCUUCUUUCCGUUUAAAGAUUAAUUCCUACUUGACAAAUAAAAUGUCAUAGAAUCUGUCACAAGCUGGCAACUCUUUAGCUGUGUUGGAGCAACUUUAGAGGUUCUAGGGUCUAAAUGGUCCCUAGAGUAUACUACCUACAACUUUGUAAGGAUAUAAUGAAAGCACAUUACUUGAAAAUAUAUGCCUUUUAUUCUAAUAGACAGGGCGUAACUGGAACUGAGGCUCUGAAGAACGCCUGAAUUAGGAGAUAAGCU